AUGUUGUUAUUAUCGAUCGGUAGCAACAAUAAAUACUUCAAUAAAACUCAAAAAAUAACCCAUCGAAAACGAGAACAAUUAAGUAGAAUCAUUGAAGAACGACUUGUCGAAAUAAUCUCUACCGAUAGUCGACUUGCAUCCGUUCAUUUAAACAUUACGAAGGUGGAUGUAAGUUCCUCAUUUAAUGAGAUACGUAUAUCAUGGCUUGUUAAAGGGGAUGAAACAGAUAAAGAAGUAGCGGAUCUGUUGAAUAAAGAGACGGCUUCGAUUCGUAGAAAACUGUAUGAGAUGCUGAAUUUUGUGGCGAUACCAACGAUUAAGUUCAUUGCUGAUGACAGUCAUUUGUACUUACAGAGAAUGAAUCGACUGUUUGAAAUAGCUGAUUAUGGAGAUGGUUCUGAUCGUGGUUCUUGA